CGCGGGGCCGAGUUGCUGGCGUCUCCCCUCUCGCUGUGCGCGGAGGAGAUGGGCCCGUGAGCGCUGCUCCCAGCCGAGCUGCCUGAGCCGCCCCCUCCCUCCCUUCCCCCCUCCCUGCCCCCGGUCGGCGGCGAGGCGGAGCGCUGCCUCCCCCUCCUCCCCCCUCGGCGCCUGUGGCCCGGCCGCGGCCGUCCCCUCCUGGUCCCCUCACACUCACACACACAGGCCGGGCAUUGAUGGUAAUGUAUGCGAGGAAACAGCAGAGACUCAGUGAUGGCUGUCACGACCGCAGGGGGGACUCGCAGCCCUACCAGGCUCUUAAGUACUCAUCCAAGAGUCACCCCGGUGGUGGUGAUCACCGUCAUGACAAGAUGCGAGACACCACGGAUCCUUCACCACCAAAUAAAAUGUUGCGGCGCUCUGAUAGCCCUGAAAACAAAUACGGUGACAACACAGGGCACAGUAAAGCAAAAAGUGUGCAUACUCACAGAGUUAGAGAGAGGGAUGGUGGGACCAGUUACUCUCCACAAGAAAAUUCACAUAACCACAGUGCUCUUCAUAGUUCAAAUUCACAUUCUUCUAAUCCCAGCAAUAAUCCAAGCAAAACUUCUGAUGCAUCUUUUGUCCAACACUGUGUUUUAAAGGCUUAUGAUUCUGCGGAUGAUUGGUCUGAACACAUCAGCUCUUCAGGCAAAAAAUACUACUACAACUGCCGAACAGAAGUUUCACAAUGGGAAAAACCAAAAGAGUGGCUGGAAAGAGAGCAGAGACAAAAAGAAGCAAGCAAAAUGUCAGUUAACAGUUUUCCAAAAGAUAGGGAUUACAGAAGAGAGGUGAUGCAGGCGACAGCUGCCAGUGGGUUUGCCAGUGGAAUGGAAGACAAGCAUUCCAGUGACGCCAGUAGUAUGCUCCCACAGAAUAUUUUAUCUCAAACAAGCAGGCACAAUGACAGAGACUACAGACUGCCAAGAGCAGAGACUCACAGUAGUUCUACUCCAGUACAGCAUCCCAUCAAACCAGUGGUUCAUCCAACUGCUACCCCGAGCACUGUUCCUCCUAGUCCAUUUUCUCUACAAUCUGAUCACCAGCCAAAGAAAUCCUUUGAUGCUAAUGGAGCAUCUACUUUAUCAAAACUGCCUACAUCCACAUCUUCCAUCCCUGCACAGAAAACAGAGAGAAAAGAGUCUGCAUCUGUGGACAAGUCUGUAUCCCAUUCUUGCACAACUCCUUCUACAUCUUCUGCUUCUGGACUGAAUCCAACUUCUGCGCCUGCUUCAUCUGCUCCUACAGUUCCUGUCUCACCUGUCCCACAAUCACCAAUUCCUCCGUUACUUCAGGACCCAAAUCUCCUUCGACAGCUGCUGCCUGCUCUGCAAGCCACCUUGCAGCUUAAUAAUUCUAGCGUAGAUAUAUCCAAAAUCAAUGAAGUUCUAACAGCAGCUGUGACACAAGCCUCUCUGCAGUCUAUACUCCAUAAAAUUCUUACUGCUGGACCAUCUGCUUUCAAUAUCACUUCCCUAAUUUCUCAAGCUGCACAACUGUCUACGCAAGCUCAGCCAUCUAAUCAGUCUCCAAUGUCUUUAACAUCUGACGCCUCAUCGCCAAGAUCAUAUGUAUCUCCAAGAAUAAGCACGCCUCAGACUAACACCGUUCCGCUUAAACCUUUGAUGACUACACCACCGGUAUCAUCGCAGCAGAAGGUUGCCACUCCAGGUGUUAAACAAGGACCAGCUUCACAGGCAGCAGCUCAGCAGCCGGUAGUAGCUGACAAGCAGGCAGGUCAUGAACCUGCCUCUCCACGAAGUCUUCAGCGCUCAAGUAGUCAAAGAAGCCCAUCACCAGGUCCAAAUCAUACCUCUAGCACUAGUGCAUCAAAUUCAACACCUGCACCGCAAAAUACAUCUGUACGACCGACUUGUUCAUUAACACCUACGCUAGCAGCACACUUCAAUGAAAAUCUUAUAAAGCAUGUUCAAGGCUGGCCUGCAGACCAUGCAGAAAAGCAGGCAUCAAGAUUACGUGAAGAAGCCCAUAACAUGGGAAGUGUCCAUAUGUCAGAAAUUUGUACUGAAUUAAAGAAUUUAAGGUCUUUAGUUCGAGUAUGUGAAAUUCAAGCAACUUUGCGUGAGCAAAGGAUACUAUUUUUGAGGCAACAAAUUAAAGAACUUGAAAAGCUAAAGAAUCAGAAUUCCUUCAUGGUGUGAAAAGUUGUAAACAAUUGCACAUGGUUUUGAGUACAGGAACUAUUAAACUGAUGCCCAGUCUUAACACUUUUG